AUGUCGGUUUACACGAUUCAACGUCUCUCGGAUAUACAGAAUGAAUCAGAUCGUAUGUUAUCGCCAAUUAACGCUUAUCUGAAAUGUUCCAUUCUAACGUUGGACGUUAGUGUGAAGCCAUUGGAAGGUUUAAUUCCAGAUAUUACACAUAAUGCAAGGAUAGCGAAAGAAAGAACGAAGGAAUAUCCAGCGGAUGGUUUAACUCAAGAUGAAUCUGCAGCUAUUUAUUUAUGUACGAUGGAAUGGAAACCAAGUGAACAGUCACUGUAUUUCCAUUUGAAUAGUGCUCUUCGUGCUCAAAAUCGUCGUCUCUUGACACCAUAUACUGCUUACCUUAAGUUGGUUCUAUCCGGUUUACAGAAAUUACCGUCGAUAACAGAAAAUGUAUGGUCUGGUGUCAAGGUUGACCUGAGUUCACGAUACCGUGUUGGAAGUACAAUUACAUGGUGGGGACUAAAUUCGUGUGUAAAGUCUCCUCGAAUGCUCGAAUCGGCCGAGUUCUUAAGUGGAAAUGGUACGAGAACUAUAUUCACGAUUGAAUGUAGAUCAGGCAAACAAAUUCGUCAGCAUUCAUAUUUUCCAGAAGUAGAUGAAGUUGUCAUUAUACCAGGCACAUUAUUUGAGGUGCGAGCUGAAACUAAUGCUGCACCUGAUCUACACAUUAUACAUUUAAAACAGGUGGAACCGAAGUAUCCUUUCCUCCCACCACAUCCUUCUCAUAUGAAAAAACCGUAUCACAAUUCAGAACUGGAAAACUUAAUUCAUAACAAAGCCAGCGUUCAGUUUGCUGAGUUCCGUGAAAAGAGUUUGAGCAAUGAAGAUGUCGAUAUUAUUGCUAGUGAAUUAGCAACAAAUACGUACUGGCAAGAUCUUAGUUUAUGUGAAAAUAGUAUUGGAUCGGUUGGUGCAGCAAGCCUUAGCAAAGCACUGUUGACGAAUUCAACGUUGAAGCAACUUCGACUAGUUAAUAAUCAACUCGGAGACGAAGGUGUUGAGUAUAUAGCCUUAGCAUUACACGUUAAUACAACCUUAGAAUGUUUGUAUAUACAAAGAAAUCAAAUAUCCAGUACAGGUGCGAUGAAACUGUCUGUGAUGUUAAAAAUCAACAAAUCGUUAACGUAUAUACACCUGAGUGAUAAUAAUAUUGGUGAUGAUGGUGUGGCAGCUUUGGCGAAAGGAUUACGACUGAAUAAAACGCUCAAACAUCUUGAUUUGACUAAAAAUAAUAUUACGAAUCAAAGUGCAGAAGUGAUUGAAGAGAUUUUCUCACAAAAUCAAACUCUUCUUUUUCUCAAAUUAAGUGAAAAUUUGUUUUCAAAUGAAAUCAUAUUUACAUUAUCUCAAACAGCAGAACAGAAUGAUUAUCAACAUAAUCAUCAAGUCUUAAAAGCCGAUGUUGGCCAAGACAUUACCAUGUCAUGCAUAUUUGAUGAAGGCAAACUCGAACAGGUAUCCUUCAUGCGUCAGAUGACAGGCGAUAUAUUAUCAGUUGGCUCGGAGUUGUUCAUUCAUCAAUCUGACAUUGAAUUGAAACAAUUCUCGACCAAUCGCUUGGACUUAAAAUUGAAAUCUGUGAAUUUGAACGACUCUGGCCUUUACACAUGUAUGUUCAACGAUGAGAAAUUGUUCUCAUUCUUGAUUGAAAUACUGGUCGCACCUCAUUUCGUGUCGUAUUAUCCACUGGAAGGAAGUAUUUCAUCGCCGGAAAAUUCGACAUUGAAUUUUUCGUGCCACGCAUUCGCAAUUCCACCUGUAAACAUCAGUUGGAUAUUCAAGAAUAAGUUCAAACAAUCGAAAAAUGUUCAUAACAGCGACGAUUUGUAUUUAACAUCGAUUCAAUCCUCCGAUAGUGGUUUAUACGAAUGCAUCGUUUCGAAUAUGUACCACGCAUCGAUCAGUCGUGCUUUCUAUGUUACUGUUCAGUAUGCCCCUCAUGUAUUAAUAUUGAAUGAGAAAAUAAGAAUUUUACCGCAUGAAACAGUGAUAGUUCAAUGUCGAGUAUGUUCGAUUCCUCAAGUACACGAUGUCUAUUGGCGAAGAGACAAUCAAACGAUUGUCGAUAUUAAUAUCAAUGUCAAAAGUCGAACUAUUGAUGAUCAAUGUUCCGAAUCGCUGAUGACUAUUAUGGAUAUAAAUGAACAUCAAUUUGGACAGUACGAAUGCCAUGCUGAAAAUCUCUUAGGAUCGAAAUCUGCUCAUGUUGACAUUCAACAGAUGCCACGAGUUCGACGAGUGAAACAGAAAUUUUCUUCGGAUGAGAUCAAUCGAAAUGGUCGUACAGCAUUAUUAAUGAACAAAUCAGCAAAAAGGCAGAAAAACCAAGCGAGUACAACCGAAUUCAACGGCAUUCUCCUAUCGCAUUCAGAAAAACAGCGAUCUACUUGGACAUGGUGGUGGUUAUUGAGUUUAUUUGUCUAUUGGAUUCAAUCAAUAUAA